GCCCCGCGCAGCUGGAGGGCCAUGCUAGAGAAGAGGCCACGCUUCCCAAACUUCCUGCCCGGCUCUCUCAGCAAACGGGUGCCAAGAGCUGCUCCCGCGCCCGCCGCCGAGCGAGCGCUUACUCAGCCGGAGGAUCGCAGGCGCCGCCGCUUCCGCGCUCCCUGGGGAAAACCUGAGCGCUCCCUGCCUCUUCCUCGCGGAGCGCGCGCGCGAUGAGCGGGCCUCGAGAGAAGGCGCCGGAGGCUGCGCCCCAAAGCGGCGGCCGAUGCGCGGCGGGCGUUGGCAGGGGCCCCGUUAUCCUCUCGCUGCUCUUCUCGCUCCUCUCGGUGGGCGCCUGCUUUCUGCUCAGCGCCAAGACCUCCAAGCUGCAGGGGCGGUUGAUGGCCCUGGAAGAAGAGUUGGCGAGCCGCGCUUGGAGCUCCGGAGAGCAGUUGGCCGCUGAGCCCUUGCUGGCCGCGCUACAGCCCCAGGUGGACGACCUUCUGCAGGAGAAACUGAGCGAAGGGUUAGCCAAACUGCGUACAGCAAGAGAAGUACCCUCUGAAUGCCGCUGCCCACCAGAUUUCUGUGGAGCUACAAGAAGGGUAAUAGAAAUGGAAAGCUAACAGAUCCAGCAGAAUUGCUGCAAAGAUGCAUGCAAAUUUCAGUGGAAACAUACUGCAGGAAACAUUAUCAGAGGAGAAAUGGAUAACUGCAAUGCAGAGUAAUGCUAUCAGCCCAUUUUCAUGCUGCUCUUAUCAUAAUUUCAAAAACCAGUGGAAAUGAUCCAGUCAGACUUCUGUCAAGAGUGAAGGCAGGGAGGAAGAAGUAGAGGAAGAGAAGUAGUUAAGGCUAAGCAUUUUGCUUCCAGUCAGAUCCAUUGACCAUGGUCCUAGAUGUAAAAAGAUGUUCUGCUUGUACUUAUUAGACCAUUUUCUGUGCCUUGAGAAUGAUGAGCCAAUAGGCAAAGACUGUUGUGCCCAAGAUGG